GACUAUAAGAGCGCUCUCCCCCGGUGUCGCCCCGGACUCUCCAGCAGCUCCUCCCGGACACACAGAACACGUGAUGGCAGCGCCGAAGAAAGUCUGCGUGAUCGGCUCCGGCAACUGGGGCUCUGCCAUUGCCAAGAUCGUGGGUGCCAAUGCAGCCAAGAGUGACAAGUUUGACACCACAGUGAGAAUGUGGGUGUUCGAGGAGGAUGUGAACGGCCGCAAGCUCACUGAAAUCAUCAACAAAGACCAUGAAAAUGUUAAAUACCUGCCCGGCCACAAGCUGCCCCCCAAUGUGUUGGCUGUUCCAGAGUUGGUGGAUUCCGUGAAAGAUGCAGAUAUUCUGAUCUUCGUGGUCCCUCACCAGUUCAUUCUGAGAGUGUGCGACACCAUCAAAGAUCACAUAAAGAAGGAUGUCGUCGGAAUGUCUCUCAUCAAGGGUGUGGAUGCUGGUCCUGAGGGUCUGAAGCUUAUCUCAGAGGUCAUUCGAGGGAAACUGGGCAUCACCAUGACAGUCCUCAUGGGUGCAAACAUCGCCAAUGAGGUUGCUGAUGAAAAGUUCUGUGAAACAACUAUUGGGUGCCAUGACAAAAAAUACGGGCCGAUACUGAAGGAGCUGAUGCAGACCACCAACUUCCGCGUGACUGUGGUGGAAGAGUCUGAUGUCGUAGAGAUCUGCGGGGCACUGAAGAACAUUGUGGCAGUGGGUGCAGGUUUCUGCGAUGGCCUGGGAUUCGGCGACAACACCAAGGCCGCAGUGAUUCGCCUCGGCCUGAUGGAAAUGAUUGCCUUCGCCAAGAUUUUCUGCACAAACUGCGCCGUCUCCCCCGCAACUUUCCUGGAGAGCUGCGGCGUCGCCGACCUCAUCACAACCUGCUACGGAGGACGCAACCGCAAGAUUGGAGAGGCGUUUGCCAAAACGGGCAAAAGCAUUGAACAGCUGGAGAAGGAGAUGCUGAACGGACAGAAGCUUCAGGGACCGGCCACAGCGGAUGAAGUCCACCAAGUCUUGAAACAGAAGAAUAUGGUGGAAAAGUUUCCUCUUUUCACUGCCGUUUAUCACAUCUGCUUCAACAGCCACCCAGUCGCAGAGUUCAUCAAAUGUUUGCAAAGCCACCCAGAGCACAUGUAAAAGACUGACACGGGGAAUCAUGAAUGGCUGGAGGUUGUGAAAGAUUUGUACACCAGAACUACUGUGCACCCAAUGCGUUAGAGUGGGGAACAGUUUGGGUGCAGUUGGACCUGAUCCUGACGUUUCUCUUUAGCAGAGAAAAUGAAAAAAAAAAAUGGAGGUGGAGCGUCAUCCGCAUAUCUGAGCUGCUGAUAAAAAAAAAAGCAAAGAUUUUGUUUCUAUUUUUACUGAUUCUUGAAUUAUUGUGCAAAUUUGCCAAGUCUUAAAUGUUUUAGGAACUUAAACCACUCUGCCUUUUAUUGGCUCAUACACUAACAAUGACUACAGCAUUAUGAAAUGUUACAAAAUUCCUUGAAUAAAAGUGCCUUGUCUCAUUCAUGUAUGUUUUUCCAAAGGAAAACAAAAGAGUGAACAAAAGCCACUCCUUCAAGGUGUUUUUCAUCUGGAGAGCAACAAAAAAGAUGUAACCACUUACUUUACAAGAUGAGUUUUGGAAUAAAUUAAUGAACUCCCA